ACCCGGGAAAUAAGUCACGCCUGACCACUGCAGCAGCCACAGAGCAAGAACGAGACCAGAUUUACAUAUUUGCCCCAAGGGUUUAAAUGCGUGGGUGAGAUCGAGGUGAAGUGUGACUCACCGCGACGGCUUGGUAACCUCAGAAGUACCAUAAAGGAUUUGUCAGUGUCGUGUUGUCCCGCGCUUUCAACACCAGGAUUCCUGCAACAGGUAAGUUUCAUUCCUCUUCUGCAUGGAGCUGCUCGGAGCGCGCGCUCGCUGAGAGUUCUGACUGCACGUGCCAAGCUUAGCAGACAAGAAAACAGAGCAGGAGAUACUACCCAAGCAGUGAUGCCAUCCAAUAAGUAUUCCUCCGCUAUCAUGGCAGAAAGCGACAAGAUGACAGCCACGGCUGCUGUAAAUGGUGACAUGCCCACAGCGGAGGGUUUGUCAGAGAAUGACAGUGGACUGGAGAUGACCAAUGAGAACAGCCCCUUAACCGGGGCAGAACCACCUUCACCGUUCAGCCCCAAGCAGAACGGGGGUGCAGCAUCACCUGCAGAUGACAGUGUAAACAGCCUGAGAAGGAAGAGAUCUCGGAAGCGUUCUGAAACAGAUUAUGAGAGCGUCUGGGACUCCUGCAGUGAGGAAAAGUCUGAUCUGGGUUCAGACUGUGGUUCCACAAUCCACAAACGGAAACCUCGUCCCAGGACCAUCUUCCAGGCUGGACUAACAGCUCAGACGAAACCCCGUAACAGAGAUAGGGGCCGGGGCAAGCCAGAACCCAGCAGUCUGGUUUCUAAUCUUCCUGAAGGUCCCCAGCUGGAGCUGAUGGAGCAGGACUCUAAAGACUCAGCUCAAAGCAGUGCUACAUCCACCUCCACUACCGAUACAGCCAGCCAGCCUGAAUACAAUGACAAUAAGGGCUUUGGUAUCGGGGAGCUGGUAUGGGGCAAAAUUAAGGGUUUCUCCUGGUGGCCUGGCAUGGUGGUGACCUGGCGUGCCACAGGGAAGAGACAGGCCUCACAUGGCAUGCGCUGGCUCCAGUGGUUUGGUGAUGGGAAGUUUUCUGAGGUGUCUGCCGACAAACUGGAUUCCAUCACAGCCUUCUCCAAGUUUUUUAAUCAAUCCUCUUACACUAAGCUGGCUUCCUACCGCAGAGCUAUAUUCCAGGCCCUAGAGAUGGCUAGCAUACGUGCUGAAAAAGCGUUUCCUUUGUGUGAAUCUGAUAAUCCAGAGGACCAGGUGAAGCCCAUGCUGGACUGGGCUCACAGUGGCUUCCUGCCCAAGGGCAAGGAGGGCCUGAAACCCAAAGAGAACUCCCCUGAGUGCUGUUUGUUCCCAGCAGCUCCGGAGAGCACAACACUGCAGGCUAAAUUUUUGGACUCCGCACCACCGGAGCUUGCACCAUCUGCCAAGAGAGCUCGUCUCAGCAUGUGCAAAGCCAAAUCAGCCACUGAGGACAUCUACAGCAGAGAACAAAUGGUUCAUGAAGUCUUGAAGAAUCACAGAAGUAUAGAAGAGUUCUGCUUGUCUUGUGGCAAGACAAGAGCAGCAACCUUCCACCCCCUGUUUGAAGGAGGCCUUUGUCAAGCAUGCAAGGAUGUAUAUUUAGAGAUCUCCUACAUGUAUGAUGACGAUGGCUAUCAGUCGUACUGCACAGUGUGCUGUGGAGGCAGAGAAGUGAUACUUUGUGGCAUUGUCAACUGUUGCAGGUGUUUCUGUGUGGACUGUUUGGACCUGUUGGUGGGUGCAGGAGCGUCAAACAGUGCACGUGAUUUGGACCCGUGGCCGUGUUAUAUGUGUCAGCCUUUGCAGCAGUAUGGCGUGCUGAAGAGACGUCAUGACUGGAGCCUUAAACUGCAGGAGUUCUUUGUCAAUGACAACGGACAGGAGUUUGAAAGCCCAAAAAUUUACCAAGCAGUCCCAGCAGAACAGAGGCGUCCCAUUAGAGUUCUGUCUCUGUUUGAUGGCAUCGCCACAGGUUAUCUGGUGCUAAAGGAUUUGGGUUUUAAGAUUGAUGCAUACAUUGCCUCAGAGGUGUGUGAGGACUCCAUAUCCGUGGGAGUCGUCCGACAUGAAGGAAAAAUCCAAUAUGUGAACGAUGUUCGAAAUAUCACCCGGAAAAAUAUUGCAGAGUGGGGACCAUUUGACUUGGUGAUUGGUGGAAGCCCAUGUAAUGAUCUGUCUAUUGUCAAUCCAGCAAGGAAGGGCCUUUAUGAAGGGACUGGCCGUCUGUUCUUUGAGUUCUAUCGCCUGCUGAGUGAAGCAAGGCCAAAAGAAGGAGAAGACCGGCCCUUCUUCUGGAUGUUUGAGAACGUGGUUGCAAUGGGCGUCAACGACAAACGGGACAUUUCCCGCUUCCUUGAGUGCAAUCCAGUGAUGAUUGAUGCUAUUGAAGUGUCAGCUGCCCACAGAGCUCGAUAUUUCUGGGGCAACCUGCCUGGAAUGAAUAGGCCUCUCUGUGCCUCUGGUAUGGAUAAGCUAGAACUACAGGACUGCCUGGAGCAUGGCCGCGUUGCGAAGUUUGGAAAGGUGCGUACCAUCACAACCCGAUCCAACUCCAUCAAGCAGGGAAAAGACCAGCAUUUUCCUGUCAUCAUGAAUGGCAAAGAAGACAUUCUGUGGUGUACAGAGCUUGAGAGGAUUUUUGGGUUCCCUGUCCACUACACAGAUGUGUCCAACAUGGGACGUGGUGCCAGACAGAAACUGCUGGGUCGCUCAUGGAGUGUGCCAGUCAUCCGACAUCUCUUUGCCCCUCUGAAGGACUAUUUUGCUUGUGAAUAACAACCAAAAAAAUUGUCCAAUCUACUAACUCUACACACUGAGUUAAUACCUACAGCAACAGAGCUGCAAAUGGCUUCACAAAACACAGAGGAACUUAUGAGGUUUAGUUAUUUUUGUCUUGUUAGAUAUCCAGUUUUGUGAUUUUGUCCAGCUGGUCAUGCUGUUGCUUUGAGCCAGCAAAUAUCAUGUGUGGUUCUUGUAAGGUUGGAAAAGAGGCUGUUUUACUAACUGAUGACCACAAACAUUCAAACUCAGUUGUCCUCAACAUUUCUCAGUACUUGAUAAUCAGGGAUCUUGUUUCACAUAAAGAUGCCUUUUCUACUUUGAUGGACAGAAGUUCUGGUAAACUCUCAUCUCAAAAGAAAAUUUUAACAUUAUAUCUUAAUGUUUAUUCAGAAUAUGUAUACUGAAUUCCCAUGUUUAUUCUGUAUGGUAUAUACCUUCAAAAUCUGAAUUGAAAAAAAAAAAUACCAUUCUUCAAGGACUGUCUUUUUGCAGUCGUGCUUAUUCAAAGAUGUAGUAAUAUUUAAUUCCCUUACUUUUUGUUACUUCAAAUAAUUGAAACACUGAUUAUGCUCCAAAAUAUCAGAGUUGUUUUAAAAGAGCACAAGUUAUCUAAGGAUGCCAAAGAUCAAAAUACACAGACCGAGUCUUUAAUUUCAAGUCACAACAUUAUUCCUUACAGUUGGACUUUUCCCAAAAGGGGAAAAAAAAGGGAUUUUUUUUGUUCUUCUUCUUGUUUGUGUAGUGCCUGGAUUGUGUGACAAGCAUUUGUAAUGCAUUCCUUGUAUUAUAGGUCUUUUUACUAAAAGAAAUACUUGAAAUGAGCGCAUCAGUGCAAAGCUAAGCUGUGAGCCCACGACAUACAGUAUAUUUGCAAACAUUUUUUUACAAAGAACCUCAAAGAGUUUUCCAUACAUUUGAGGGGGAAAAAACACAUAAAGCGUUAUAUUAACAUAUAAAGCAUUGUAAAAACAAAGCCAAAAUAUACAAUUUCUAUAUAAGUAGCUUAUUUGAUAUUUGAUAUUUUUCAUAAGUAUAAAAAGAACAAGUCCAGAGUCUUUGUAUUAAAAAAAAAAGCAAAAUGCAGUAAUUCUAAACAACACACAGGGUACUGUUUUGUAUGUUUACAACUAGAUUUUAGGGUCUUCACAUAGACCUUCACUGGAACUACAGUAUAUUAUGAACGCACCUUCCUGAAAGAUAAGGA